AUGACUCAUCGCCUUUGUUACCACAUGCUCAUUGACCUUCUUGGGCUUGAAAACGAUCUGGUGUGGCUAUUUUAUUUUCAGAAUAUUGAGGUAGAUGAGGCAGCGAGAUUCCUAGCGCUAUCCAUUAAGGUGCAGUAUUCUCUAGAAGUAUCAGUAAGCAUUUAUAGCGGUGCCUCAUAUGGUCACUUCUGUAUUGGAACUUUGAAGCUUAGAGGUAGGCCAUUGGAGAAGAUCUUGGUAAUCAUCUACCAGAAAUUAUGCCUCCAAUUUUCGACUUAUAAUCGUAUAAUGUCACGGUCGCCUUUCAGCGUCAUUCCCGGUAGCAGCAGCACCCCAUUUUGCCAGUUUCCUCACGGGAUGGCGGUCAUUUUCAGUUGGAUAGCACGCAGCAGUGGUAACAAGGCUAUUCGUAGGACCAACAGCCAAGCUGAGAAAACAGUUAUGCCGAACACGACUGAGCAAAGGAAACUGAGCACGGAAUACCCAAAUCAACACCAACGACCCAUGGAAAGCAAUAAACCCACCCCCCUGUCCGUCGCUGUCGUACCAUGUGAUGCAAUGGAAGAAAAUAGCCUAAGAUACGAGCCACCCCAGCGUGACGGAAGAAAUGAACUGAGUUAUAUUGAUAUGGAAGAGAUAGCCAAUAGGUCGACCCUUGUUCCGAACCAGCCUCUGGAUCGCUCACUCGUUGGGCUUGCCGACGAGAUGCCAGUCUUGUCCAAUUUCGUAGCUGAACCAUUACAGUGA